CCCAGUGCGCUGUGGGAUAGUGGCACUAUAAAGUAUAUCCUCUCUCGGAGAAAGAUAAGAAGCCCGAGACAGGAGGGGGAUGAAGAUGGCGGACGCCAAGCAGAAGAGGAAUGAGCAGCUGAAGCGGUGGCUGGGCUCGGAGACGGACCAGGAGCCUCCCGUCCUGAAGAAGAAGAAGACGAAGGUGAAGUUCGAUGAUGGCGCCGUGUUUCUGGCCGCCUGUUCGAGCGGCGACACCGAGGAGGUGCUGCGAAUGCUGGACCGGGGCGCCGACAUCAACUACGCCAACGUAGACGGUCUCACCGCCCUCCACCAGGCAUGCAUUGACGACAAUGUCGACAUGGUGACUUUCCUGGUGGAGCAUGGAGCCGGCAUCAACCAGCCUGACAAUGAGGGCUGGAUCCCCCUGCACGCUGCGGCCUCCUGCGGCUACCUCGACAUAGCAGAGUAUCUCAUCAGCCAGGGUGCCAGUGUAGGAGUUGUCAACAGUGAAGGUGAGACACCUCUGGACAUCGCUGAAGAGGAGGCGAUGGAGGAGCUCCUUCAGAAUGAGAUCAACAGACAAGGGGUGGACAUCGAGGCCGCCCGCAAAGAGGAGGAGCGGAUCAUGCUGAGGGACGCCCGGCAGUGGCUCAACAGCGGCCAGAUCCAAGACAGCCGGCACACCAAGUCCGGAGGAACGGCGCUCCAUGUAGCUGCCGCGAAAGGAUACGUCGAGGUUUUAAAGCUUUUAAUCCAAACAGGGUAUGAUGUAAAUAUUAAGGACUACGAUGGCUGGACUCCUCUACACGCAGCAGCACACUGGGGCAAAGAAGAAGCCUGUAGGAUACUGGUGGAGAAUCAAUGUGACAUGGACCUCAUCAAUAAAAUGGGCCAGACAGCUUUUGAUGUAGCGGACGAAGAUGUUCUGGGAUACUUAGAAGAACUACAAAAGAAACAAAAUCUGCUCAAAGACGUGAAGAAAUCUCCUUUGAUUGAAACAACAACCACCGGGGACAACAACCAAUCACCGAAACCUCUCAAGAGCAAAGAAACGCUGCUUCUGGAGCCAGAGAAGAGCGCCCCACGCAUUGAGACCUUGGAGCCGGAGAAGGUGGAUAUAGGAGACGAGGGGAAGAAGGACGAAUCGAGCUGCUCCAGCGAGGAAGAGGACGACGAAGAUUCAGAGUCGGAGACUGAAGCAGACAAGACCAAGCCUCCAGCAUCGGUGAGCAACAGCACGACGGCCGCCCCGACCAGCGUCACAGUGUCUCCUCCAACUAGCCCAACCAACCAGGUGACAACCCCCACUUCUCCGGUAAAGAAGCCCACUCAGCCUGCUGGAAAGGUCUCGACUAAAGUGGAGGAGGACCGGAAGGACGAGUCUCCAGCGUCGUGGCGGCUCGGUUUGAGGAAGACGGGCAGCUACGGGGCGCUGGCAGAGAUCACCGCCACCAAGGAGGCUCAGCGGGAGAAGGACACGACCGGGGUGAUGCGCUCGGCCUCGAGCCCUCGCCUCUCCUCCUCUCUGGACAACAAAGACAAAGAGAAGGAAAAGGAUAAAGGAACUCGUCUCGCCUACGUGGCUCCCACCAUCCCCAGGAGACUCGCCAGUACUUCGGACAUUGACGAGAAGGAAAACAGGGACUCCACUGCUCUGAUACGUAGCGGUUCGUACACCCGUCGGCGCUGGGACGACGACCUGAAGAACAGCGAAGGAAGCGCCUCCACCAACCGAACCCCCAGCUACCAGCGCAGCACGUCCCACACGCUAGCACUAGGGCGGAGCGGCAGCACGCGGGACGUGCCAGCCAAGUCUUCGUCCACCUCCAGCUUGGACCCUAACACCUGUAAUACUAAACCCUGGCAGCCGCCCUCCUCCCACUACCAGUCUUACAGCAUUUACCGCAGCGGCUCUUUUGGCAGAAGACACGAGGACCUGGGUUCCUCGACCACCUCCUCCUCCACGACCACCACCACCUCCUCAUCUGUUACCUCGCCCACAGGCCAUCGCGGCCUGCUCUCCAGCCUGGGCUCCUCCUCCACCCGCACUGGCUCCACCAGCCUCACCAGCAGGUACUGGUCAGAGGAGAGUGCAGAGAGGGAGAAGGAGAAGGAGUCUGCUGCAGUCAUCCCCACCAUAAACACUGGCUCCACUACGACCACCACAGCUACCACUACCACCAGCGGCAUAUCUACCACUACCACCACUGGCAUUGUCGUCGGCUCUGAAAGACGCAGGUCAUACCUGACGCCAGUGCGAGAUGAGGAAUCAGAGUCCCAGAGGAAAGCUCGCUCCAGACAGGCUCGGCAGUCAAGGAGGUCCACCCAGGGCGUGACUCUGACUGACCUGCAAGAGGCCGAGAAAACCAUCGACAGGAGUCGUACCCCAAAGACCCGAGAGGAGGAGAAGGAGGAGAAAGAGAAGCAGGACAAGGAGAAGCAGCAGGAGGAGAAGAAAGAGAUGGAGAUCAAGGAAGACGACUACCGAUCGAAGUACCGCAGCUUCGAAGAACGCUACCGGCCUUCGUCUUCCUCCUCUACCUCCGCCAUUUCCACAAUCAGCACUGCCUCCACCCCGUACACUAGCACCGCUUUGUCCUCCAGCUCCAGCUCCCUCAACAGGCCAAACAGUCUGACGGGGAUCACCUCUUCCUAUAGCCGUUCCUCCAGAGACACGGAAAAAGAAAUGGACAAAAAGGAGGAGGAGAAGGAGGGAGAGGACAAGUCUCAGCCCCGCUCCAUACGGGAUCGCAGGCGGCCCCGCGAGAAGAGGCGCUCCACUGGCGUCUCCUUCUGGACCCAAGAUGGUGAUGAAAAUGACCCUGACCAGCUGUCCGACUCGGAGGAGGGCAGCACCAAGGGAGAGCCACAGAGUGACCGAUUGUCCAGCAGCACUUCAUCCGUUGAUCGCAACGACAUUCUUUUCAGCCGCGGCUAUGGGGAGAGUCGGAGGACGUACUCGAGCCGACUGGACAGAGACGACACCACUGACUAUAAGAAGCUCUACGAGCAGAUCUUAGCUGAGAACGAGAAGUUGAAGGCCCAGUUACGUGACACAGACCUGGAGUUGGCAGAUUUGAAGCUACAACUAGAGAAGGCCACACAGAGGCAGGAACGCUAUGCCGACCGAUCACAGCUUGAGAUGGAGAAAAGGGAAAGAAGAGCUCUAGAAAGGAAGAUUUCUGAGAUGGAGGAGGAACUUAAGAUGCUCCCAGACUUGAAAGCAGACAACCAGAGACUAAAGGACGAGAACGGAGCGCUCAUUCGAGUCAUUAGCAAGCUUUCCAAGUAGAAACAGGACCC